UUGAAUGCGGCGUGAGUCGAAGUGUACUGUCGCCAUAGUAACUUGGCGUCUGGACGGAGGUCUGUUUUAAGUUGUCGGCUACGUUCUAUGGAGCUUUGUAGCUGUUUAUAAACGACGGACAAUUAUAGAUGAUUAUUGUAAUAACAAUGUCUGAUUGUUUGUAUACAACACAUAAUCAACACAUGUUGCGAAAUUAAGUUAGCUUCCCAAGUUGUCGCUACUUUGCUAACAACAAGGGGCUAAUGCUAAUGCUAGCUGGAUAUGUCCAGCAAUAACCCCCCACCGGCACGCCACCUGCCACAGUGGAGCCGAGUCGGGCGUCUCGGAAUGCCGUGCCCGCCUCGACGUUUACCGGCGAACCGACUGCAGCCGCUGCAUGUCGCCCCGCAGGGAGACAGAGGAGGGCCUAAGACAGCGACAGCAGCGGCCGGUCACAGCGACGCAAACCGCCGCGUCGCGUCACUCCAGAAGAACAUAGAGUUUUUACAGCAACAACACAAGCAAACUCUGGUUAAACUUCACGAAGAAGUGGAAUAUCUUCGAAGGGAGAACAAAGAGUUGAAAUAUAAGAUGAUCAUGGACGCUCCCAAGUCAAAUAAAAAAGGUCAGAAAAACAGUCACGUCGGUUUUGGUACAGACACUCAAGCAAAAGGACCCUCACAGUACCAUAUGCAAAGUGUGGGAGGUUGCAGAGAAACUCUAGGACCCUUCAGACCUAAACGUGGCUCAGGUACGUCGGGGGCACAGCCUCGACAACUUCACACCAAUCCAUCAUCCCAUCCACCGCACGCCUCCAACCUGCGGGAUUGUGAGCUCAUCAUCCAGCAGCUCUACAGCACCAACAGUUUACAGUCUCAAGAAAUUGUGCGCUACAAGGCUUUGCUGACAGAUAUUGUACUCAACAAGAAAAUCACCCCAGAAAACUACAACCUGACCAAAGAAUACCUCAUUGAUAGUACCAGCAAAUUUUCAGACAGCAACAUGUUUCCUAAACUGGGUCUGCAAACAGCAAAAACGACUGGUGUGACCCUGCCAGCGCUCACACAAAGCAUUAGCUCCACCAUGGCAGAGCGCCAGAGGAGGGCUCGUGCCAUGCACAGAGGCCAUGUCAAGGCCACGGUGCGUUGAGAAGACAACAUCAUCAUCACCUCUCAGCACCAACCACCUUCAAGAUGGCUAAGCCAUCGUCUCGGGGACUCGGAUGAUAGCGAAGAAGACCCGGGAAAUGGUGACCUCGCAUCUCUGGGGUUGGCAAGCCAAUUGCACAGGCAUUCUCCACUGUCUCGCCGAGUGCCAGCAAGAGUCAUGAGUACUUGUCAACUCGACUCCUCAACUGGAGAUAACUUUCUAGCACCUCACCAUGGGGAAGGACGUCUUCAUAUGCCUUCACCAGCACCUGCAUUAAACAUGCAGAGAGUUACACAAGUUCUUACCACCUUGGGGCACCAUUCGGGUAAAAGCUCAGCUCAUCUUACUUGCUUAUUUGUAUACACUAACACCUGUGCAUGCUUUUGUCCACGUUGUUCCUUUGACGAUGAAUAAAUACCCCUUUUCUUUCUUUCUACAUUAAGGAUGCCUUUUCAUCUGAUUAAAUUUAUAAUGAACAGGGACAUUGCGGUUGUCCCAAGUGGAUGGUAUGAUGAUGGGAUGGUUUUCUGGCCCAGCUAUAAAAACACAGACAUAAUUAAAAGGGCCGCUUUAAAUUAGGAGCAGCAUGAGCCAAACUGGCCAAGAUUUGACGUUUCUGUUGUCCGAACUUGUGGUAUGCAAAUUUAUAAAUUUCUUGUUUAAAAAUAACGUCAUAGUUGCUUCUCUUUAUGCUUGGAAUAACCUAUUGUGUCUAUGUUCUGACCAGGUCUCUUGUAAGAGAGAGACCUGAUUUAUUUUCAUCAAUAAUAAUAAUAUUCUGUUCAGCUCUACAGCUAAUUUGAAACUCAUGUUCAUUUUAACAUAUUAAAUUUUAGACAACUACAAAUAAUGCAACAAUAUGGAAAGGGCUGCGACACCUCAGACCUGCAAUCUGAGGCAGAGAAUGAGGAGCUGCCAGAAAAAAGGAACAGGAAGCCAGUCCAUCGUCUCGGGGACUUGGAUGAUAGCGAAGAAGACCCGGGAAAUAGUGACCUCGCAUCUCUGGGGUCGGCAAGCCAAUUGCACAGGCAGAGUAAGCUCCACCGUCUCGCUGAGUGCCAGCAAGAGUCAUGAGUACUUGUCAACUCGACUCCUCAACUGGAGAUAACUUUCUAGAGACAUCCUGGAUGAAAACCAACGCUUCCCAUCCAACCUGAUUGAGCUUGAGAGGUGCUGCAAAGAGGAAUGAGGGAAACUGCCCAAAGAUAGGUGUGCCAAGCUUGUGGCAUCAUAUUCAAAAAGACUUGAGGCUGUAAUUUCUGCCAAAAGUGCAUCAACUAAGUAUGUCAAUGGGAUGUUUUCAUGUUUUUAUUUUAAUUAAAUUUGCAAAACAUUUUUAAAAAACUUUUUCAAAUUGUCAUUAUGGAGUAUUGUCUACAGAAUUGUGAGGACAAAAACAAAUGUAUUCCGUUUUGAAAUAAGGCUGUAACAUAACAUGUGUAAAAAGUGCUGUGAAUACUUUCCGGGUGCACUGUAGAUAUUUACUGAUGUUACAACUUGGAAAACCUGUCACGGCCCGGGCGCACCUCAGUGGGUAUUCAUCUGUGCGCUGCGCUGGGUGCACCUGCAAGAGCGCACCUGCAAGAGCGCACCUGCAAGAGCGCACCUGAGCGCGCCACUCCGGCUUCAGCAGGCAGCUGCAAUCAAUCUGCUAUCUGCACACCUGUCGCUGAUGAGCUCCCUGGGCUUCUUAAGCCAGUGCAAACCUGUGUUCCGGGCCAGAACGUAGUUUCCUGUUCCGUACAGUAAGCCAACUUGUGUCAAGCUCUAUGCUCUCUCUCUUUGUGUUCUUUCCCGUCAUGCUCAUUGUGUCCUGUGUCGUGUCGUUCCAGCAGCAUUCCUCCGUCUCCUGAUUGCGAGCUGUGUGUCUCAUCUCCCCGUGUUCCUUCUGGUUCCCUGGCUGCCUCUUGGACCUCGAUCUCCCGCCUGGACACGGACUUUUGACGCCUCGUUAUUGCCCCCGACUUCCUGCCUGUCUCUGGACCUUCGAGCCUGCCUUGCCCCUCUUGAUCUUCCGCCUCUCGCUCAACGCUCCUAGUAACAUUUCUCAGUUAAUCGCUACACAGAGUCACACCAUACAUAUUUUGGAUUAUUUUACACACUUCAUUUCUAUUGUAAUAUAAAAUAAA